UAGCACUACAAAGAGAGUUAAGAAUCAAAGAACAAAGCAGAGAGAAGGACAGCAAGUUGGAGAAAGCUUUAUAUCAACUUAAAUCUGAUAUAAAAGAGGAAGUUUCUCAAGGUUUACAGGAGUUAGAGAAGUCUAGACUGGUUGAAAACACAGGAGUAGAAACUGACAUAUUGUAUCAACAAAAAGAACACAUAGAAAAACAUCUGCUGACUUUAAAGCAGAACUUAAGACUAGUCCAUGAAGACUUUGAUGAUGUGCCAACCAGGGAAGUCACAUUGAGAGAUGGUAAGAAGUCUGUCAGAAAAGACAAAGAAAAUCUUGAGUUUCAACAACAACAGGAUGAUAUAAAAAGACAACUUCAGCAACAGAUGAGUCGUCAUGCCCAGACUAUAGAAAGUGGACGUAAACAGUCAGCUGAC